AUGGAAGUGGAAAGGAGCAGCAGAAGGAGCUGCUUCACUCAGACCUCCUGCCUGGGUGCAGAUGUAGGGGAAGACUCGCAGCUGGAGUAUCUCAGUGCUCACGAGGAGUACGAGGAGGACAGGAGCAACUCGAGUGAGUUUUCUGAGCAGGGCGAGGUUGGAGAGGCGAAGGCCAUGCCACUCGUUGGUGACAAGGUGCCACCCCAAAUCACAGCAGGGGAAGAAGAUUCUGGAAAGAGCCAAAGAGCCACCCGCAGCGUGGCAGUGGAGCCGGACGUUCCUUUCCUGCCGCCCAGGGAAGAGGCCCGGCUCUGCAAGCACGCAGAGCCCCACUGCUGCAGCAGCUGUGAAAAACCUGCCGUGUGCGCUCGUGGUGCCAGCAGCACUGCAGAGGAUGCUGAAAGCCAGCCCCCAGUCCCUGAAAUCCUCCCUAGCAAGAAUCCUGCUGCUGGCACGGAAGCUGCAGAUAAAUCCUCUGGUGGGAGCCCCAGGGCUGGGAAGUCGGAGCGUGCUGAAGCCCCGAGGAGCGUUCCCGGUGUCGUUGUGGAUGCUGGCUCUGAUCCCAGAGCUGCCAUCCCAGCGAGCAGAAGCAGCAGUGCCCAGGUCUCUGUCUGCUCCAGGGCAGUGAGCACAGAGGUAACCACGAUGAGCAAACCUCAGCCUGUGGCUCAAACCGCCGUGGAUGCUGCUUCCAACACGGAGUGGUCCUUAGGAGCUCUCAGCUCACACCUGCAGGAAUCCAAAGAUCAUCUGUCUGUCUGUGACUGGAUGACAGGCACUGACAGGCCAGAACAUCCCAACAAGCAAACUGGGAAGAUUUCUGCAUCAAGCUGCUGUCAGGAUGUCCUGCAGAGAGCGACUGAAGCAGAGCUGCAGCUCCUGGCCAUCCAUUACGAGAUGUGCUACCAGCACUGCUUGAAGGUGUAUGAGCUGGCUUUGGAGGAAAACACCUGUCUUGGGAGCUGCGAGAAAAAGGCUGAGUUAUAUUCAUCUCUGCAGUUGGUUUUGGAUGAACUGGACAAUAAUUACAGCAAUAUCAGAAAGGAAAUAAACAUGGGCAUGCCUUUAAAUGAACUUCCACCACUGUCAGUUGAGCUGAAGUUUUCUCCACUCUCCUCCUUGUACAUCCCCUCCAAGUAUUUCAGAAAGAGUCUUUACUCUGAUGAUCUUUCAGGUGAAGGGAAAGCUGACUUUGAAGAACCAAAACAGCAAGAAAACGGGAUUUCUGUCAAUAUGGACAACUCACAGACUGAUGGUGAUCAGCCAGGUGACUCUGCUUCCCCUGAGAGGUGGGAAGAGCAACUUAAAGAUCAGGCUCUGGAACGUGGCUUUGUGAAAAAUGAGGAAGGAAGUGAGUAUUGGUUUGAUGCUAAGGAAGACUUGUCAGUGGCAGAUAUUUCAAUAAUGUGCAAAGAAAUAAAAAAGCAACAAGGAAAACAAGACUCGGUGGACUCAGGAGAAGUGAAGAUAGUGGGGAGUGGGAAGGAACAUUCUUCUGUUCCUGUUGGUGGCCCAAAGCCCUCAGUGCCUGAGGAUCCUGGGGAAAAUUCCCUGCAGAAGACAUCCUCUGUGAACCCAUCUGGUAUCUUUGUUUCUCCUUAUGCACUGAACUUGAGCAGCUUUACCAAAUUAAUAAAGAGACUUCAAGAAAAGCAUCCAGGGUUUAGCAGAAAUGAAAUUGUGGGGGCUGUGCAGGAGGUGAGGAAAAUGAACAAAGGUGUCCUGAGUGGCUUGGCCAUCAGUUCCAUCGAGGAGAAGGCCUCUGACAUUCUGAGGAGGUGUUCUGAGCGGGAGAAGCACUGAAAAAGGCCCAGAGUUCUGAGAACUCCCUGUAUUUUGGAUUCCACCAACUGGACUGCUUCUCUGACGAGCUGUGCGGAGGGCACUGUCCCCCGAGUUCGGUGCACAGCUGACACCUAACGGCCAGGCUUUGUGUAGCCUCUCUUCCAGAAAUCCCAGCCCUGGCUCCGUUCUGGAUCCAGACACUGAUGGUUUCUGUCUGGGGGCCAGCUCUGGGCUGGAAACCUGACAGAAUCAGCCUGUGUCUUGUCGUUUUCUCA